CACGCAUUUCGCCUCGCAUGCAGCGUCGUCGCUUGCGAUACCGAUAUCGCGGGUGGUGAUGCUGCCGACGCAGCGUUCAAUGUGGACUGUCCCUCGGAGUCCGUUUGCGUACAAAAAGUCGCAAGAAAAUUUUGAACGCAAAGUGCACAAACGAAUGAUCAAGGCAUGGGACGCGGAUGAAGAGGUUGUGCGACGAUGGAUCCUGUACUUGGAACGACACAAUAUGGGAGGAGUAGGUAUGCGAAUUACGACAUGGGAACGGUUACCGCUUGGUGUGGGUGGUGGUAUGGAGAGUACGAGGGUAAGAGUGCAGGUGACAGAGGCAAGUGAGAAAAUCAAGCAACUUGGGGAGAAGAUUGUGAAGGAGGAGCUGGCGGCGUUAUCGGGCCGUGGCACAUGAUGUAGAUAUCACCUGACCGUAUUUGAUAAUGUUACCUAACGGGCACGUCCAAUCACCGCCCUCCGCUCGCAGCCAAUCAUGUCGAUGGAGGAGCACGUCGUCGAUCAGCUCUUUCCUGGCCCGUAUCCUCUCCAAAAUUGGGAAAAUAGCCCGCCCAUUGACGGCGGGCUUGAUACUCAAACCGAUGGGCAGCUGAACCCUGCGCCUUCCCUGGACAACUCGCAGGGGUCGAAUGCAGUGUACCCAUCGUUCCAGCACCACAUCAGCGAAGCUCUCGAAGGGAGUGUAGAUGACGAGCCGCUUUAUGUCAAUGCGAAGCAAUAUUUUCGUAUUCUGAAACGUCGGGUGGCCCGUGCGCGACUGGACGAGGUCCAUCGUCUGUCUCGUCAACGAAAGCCCUAUCUGCACGAGUCGCGUCACAAGCAUGCGAUGCGACGACCGCGAGGACCUGGGGGUCGUUUUCUGACUGCAGAGGAGAUUGCUGCUCAAAAGGCGGUAAAUGGGGACGAGGUUGUAGCAGAGGCAGGGCCGUCGUCUGCGCUGGUUGAUGAGGAUGAUGACGGGGAUGGUGGCUCGCCAAUGCAGCAGGAUCCAUCGCCUCAAUUGCCUCCCAAGCGGCCUCCUCAGCAGCAGCAUAUGGCACCGCCUCAUGCUCGGCCUCCUCAGCAGCAGCAUAUGGCACCGCCUCAUGCUCGGCAUCAGCAGCAGCAGCAGCAACCACCACCACCACCACCACCACCACCGCAGGGGCAGCACCACCAUUCCCAUUCAUCGUCACGGAUGAUGAGCACGAACCUUCAUGGACCAGAGACGGAAGCAUACAUGUCUGGGGAGUCAAUGGGGAUGAUGAACAUGGGAUAUGGGCAGACGGUGCAGGCGAUGAACAUGGGAAUGGGGCAGACAGGAAACAAGAUGGCUGGGCCGAUGUACUCACAAAUGCGGUCGGCGGGAGGGAUGGGAACAUCGCAGGGGGGGUCGUCGAUCACGCUGAGUUCGCCGUAUGGGACGCCUGUGCAAAUGCAUCACGUUCCUCACCCUCAUGCUCAUGCGCGACACCGGCACUCGCAGCUGAACUAUGCACAGGGACUGUAUGCGCAGAUGAACACGUCGAUGCAGGCACGGUCUGAGGAUGUUGGGCCAUGUAAUGGAGGUGGUAGUUAGAUAGUAAUUUCAGACAGGUUUGUAUUGUACGGGAUUUUAGUUAGAUUGUACAAAUAUCAGUAUUCCACGUCCAUGGCAUCGUCGUCGUUGUUAUCUUUGGGUUGUUGUGGUUGUGGUUGUGGUUGUG